GCUGGGCGAUAAAAACUAACUUUCUUGGAUAUUGGCGGGAAUUGGUCAAUUUCAAUUUCGAAGCACCAAAAUCGACCUUGGGUAGUGUUUUUGAGGUCGAGUCGUUGAAUGUUAGGUCUAAGAUUGUGUCAAUAUGUGGACUUUUCUAGACUUUAGCACCAAUAUCAAUCUUAGGGAGUAACUGGGGGCUAAGUCCUUGAAUGUUAGGCCUAAAAGGAGGACAUAGCGUCACUUUUUCUAGACUUUAGAUCCAGUAUCAAUCUUAGCUAGUGAUCUAAGGCUAAGGCAAAUACUAGUUAGGCGAUUACUAGAACUGACGAAAAGAUAUAGUUAGAGGGGCGGUGGAUACGAACAAAGUGAGAGCUAUACUCAGGUUAGGAGUCACGAGGUGGCAUCAUUUACAUGGUUUCGCGGACUUUGAUUUAUUCUGAGGUCGUUGAUUAGAUGUCUAGCUCUUCAGUUUUAUCUCAAGUACAUCAGAGGAUCAAGCGUUUAGUUAGUAGUCUACGCGAAUAGAUUUUUUAGAAGCUCUCCCUCAGGGUCAGAACCUAUUCGCCGUUACAGAUGGCAGAGUACUCACCUAACGACGAGGAUGGCACUU